UUAUUUUAUUAAUUUUUCUGGUAAUUGAUUACUUCUUGGAGUGGUUUGAUCAAUUGGUUGGGUCCGGUUCUCAAGAAUGCGAUUGCUAUUCAAUGGAAUUGUAUGAGACACGGAGAAGGUGAAGAGUUGCCUCAUUUGAAAUUAUUUUGUUUUGCUCACUCACUGAUUGAUUUUGCAGUAAGACCUACUGUUUUGGAUUUCAAAUUUUAUUCACUUGAAUGUUUAGAUUGAAAAUACAUCAUUACCAUCAUUACCACUGGUGAUGAGGAAAAAAUAAACCUCUUUGGCUGGUUGGAUUUCAUGCUACUCUGUGCAGAAGAUGCAUGCUGUCUGACAUAUGAAUAAUAUAGGGUCUGGAAAAUGAAUUCCCCCAAAUAUUGCUUCAGACAUGUAAUCGAGAAGUUAUAACCUUGUUUGAUGAACCAUAUAAUUUAUCUUAAUUCAAUAACUCGUAGUUUUAUUUUGGUGACUAUCUUAUAAACCUCUUCUUUCUGUUGAUUAAAUAGAACGUUGAAAUGCAGAGAGAUCUGUAUUUAUUCUCAAAUUUUGGUUCAAAUAAAUUUGUACAAAUUGUGACUGAUUUUACCUCAAAUUUUGUUCUCGCAGUUUUCAGUUUUGGAGACAUGCAGAUUAUUUUGGUUGUUUAUUAUACAGAGGUCAUUUUGAUCUGUUUAUAUACUUCCCUGCACAGAAAAUCGGAUUUUGUAUUGUCACUUGUCUCUGUUUAUGCUGGCUGGUGGAGUAAUUUCUUAGCACUAUUUCCUGUUGUGUUAGUUUUUAUUUUUCAGAUGAAUAGUGAAACUUGUAUACUAUUCAAAGGUGGGAUCUGGAACCGGUAGAACCUAUAGCAUGGAACUUGAGGACUUGGCAUCAUGUUAUCUCUUCUGCAGGUGAUGACUAUAGAGUAGCACUGUCAUGGCACGCACCAUAUUCUGCAAAGAGUAAACUGAAUUACCGAUGGUUACUUCUAUUCUAUCUUUUCUCCCCACUCGGAAUUUAAGGAAAUUAGUAAUUGAGUUUUGGGGGCAUUAUCCUGUGUUUUAAUCCCAGAGUUCACCACUAGACUGUUACUAAGUAAUUUCAUGAACAGCCCUUGGAUUUCAGGCAAAGGAUGGUGCAUAUGAUUAUUCCCCUUGGAGCUGCUAAAGUUAAAGUAGCAGAUAAUUUGGUGACAAUGCAAAGAUUCAUUUUAACUAGGUUUGCAGCACUAAUUCGGACUAUGUAGUUCAGAUGCUGGAGAAAUUUUGCUUUUAUGCUGAUCAAAGUCCGAAACUUUUAUUCAGCCGGUUCUACACUUGCAGUGGUACUUUACUCAGAUACAUCAUAUCCUACUCAGUCCCCCAGAGUGGAUCUUCGAAUAUGGAUGCAUCUACUUGUUAGCUCAAUUAUAUUAUCCUACUUUGUCCCCCAAAUUGGAUCUUCAGAUAUAAAUACAACUACUGAAGCUACAUCAUUUCUACUCUGUUCAACUUCCCAAGGUGGAUCUUCGGUUAAUUUCCAAAAGAAGUAUUUCCCAUUAUAUACUUCAUUACCAAGGGUCAAGCAAGUAAGUAAGAGGCUAAUUUAUGUUGUUGCCAAAGAGGAUUUACCAAAGCAAGUUGAAGAAUCUAAUAUGGAGACACCAAAGGAAAUAUUCUUAAAGGAAUAUAAAAUGUCUGAUUACUACUUUGACAAUGUUAAAUGGAGAUGGAUCAGAUUAGUAGGACACAAGAGAGUCAUUUUAAAAGAGACAAAAGCCAAGUGAGAGAAAAGAAAGAGAGAAAGUCAUUCCAGCAUAACCCUAAAUGUGUUUUUGUCGCUGUGAAGUCGUUCACCGUUGGAUCAAGCUGAUUUUUGGACAGUAGGUUCCAGACAUAUGGUUCUUCAUUCUGACCGUUCAAAUCGUCAAUCGGAGGUCUAGUUUGGGAGAAAUCAGUCCCAAACCAGCAUCCCUAUUUUGGAGAAUUUUCAUCUUCUUUGUUCUCAUUUAUAAGCAUUUGUGCUUAGUUAAUUUGGCUUAUUGAAAAUGCCAUUUGAUAUUAUUAUUGGAGAGUCUUUUGUACCCUAUUAUUGAUCAUAGUGGAUUUUUAUUUGGUCUGGACGACUCGUGGUUUGUACCCUUACAUUGAGGGGUUUUCUACGUUAAAAA